UAUAUCAGCGAUGUCCAUCUGGUAGUACGAGAAAAAAAUUAAUAUUUUUAAAUAAGAAUUUAAAUAAACGUCUUUGCUAAACUAAAUUCAAAGUUAAAAUGAAAAGAAAUGUGUUCUAUAUAGAAAACUUGUAACAGCGGAGGGCUGUAUUAUGGCGGUUUUAAACUUGUUUAUGCAUUCAUUUUUGACGUGACAUUUAAUUGACUUUUUGAUUGAUAAAAUGUUCACAAAAGAAAAAAUGGCCCGCGUACUAACUAACAUAAGAGAAAUUGAACAACGCUGAUGUAUAUGUCAGUGAUGACAUAUUAUUAUAUCGAAACAUCAAUUAUCUGAAAAUUAAUUAUUUGAAUGACCGCUUAUUUGAAUUUACAUAAAAUAGUCACGCAUGUUUGUAUUUCAGCUAUGUUUAUAUUAAGGUUUACGUUAUGGGACAUGUUAUCCUUGUUGCUGCAUAUGCCCAAGUUAAGAUGAGCCCUAAAAGAUAUAAUAGUUUAAUCCUAAAGGAUUAAUUUCUCUUUAUUCUUUUCAUCGUAAUAGUAGGAUAGUAUGGGUUCUUGGUGUUUAUAUGUGUAGGCCACAUGAUGAGAUCAGUUCCGCUUAGGUAUAAGACAAGCUAACAGUCAAAGAUAGUUUUUUCCUUUGUCAAGUAAGCUUAUUGUUAGACUGACAAUGAUAGUUCGAAUUCAAAUCGAACGUUUUUGAAAUAUAUAUGCGUGAAGUAUUAAAAAUUAACUUUAGAUCAUAAAAUAGUUUAGUUUUAUUAUUGUGUUUUUCAGUAACCUCUUUCUUAUAUUCUCUUUAUGAAAGAUUCAUUUUUAUAAAUAAUAAUGGUGAAAAAGAGAACGCAUUGAACGAUUCCUGUAAAGCACGCGAUCAAAAAGCCUUUGGCAAAACCACAGACGGCAAGUCAUUGAACUUUCGUCCAUAAAUAGUUUACAAAUUCUAUUCGUGUUAAUCGAUUACGGGUAUUCGUUCGAGAAAUUGUGAUUCGAAUGUAUCGAGAACGUCAUAGUAUCCCUUCGAUUUACUUCAGACUAAUCAGGCGUAGAUCGAUACGAUUAAACCUUUUCAAGCUUUUUAUUACAUUUAGUUACAGAUUAAGUACUUACUUGUUCAUAACUUUUUAUAUCGUAUAACCUUAAAAAUUAUUAUACAUUAAGGUGAUCAUAUGUAUUUUCUGAUUUUAAUUCCUAUCAAGGACAUUUAGGGUCAAGUGUGAAAAAGAAUUAAAUGAAAAUCGCGAAGAACAUCGAAGGAACAUUAUCUGGAUCUAUAGUUUCGCUAAUGAAUUUAAGAUGCUUGUCGAGGAUCGGUUGGAUAGUAUACACAUUUUAACAUGAAAGAGUAGUUGACAAAUACAAUGGAUAAAUACGAGAAUAUCGAAGUUGUCGGUGAGGGUAGUUAUGGUGUUGUAAUGAAAUGUAGACAUCGUGAAACUGGCCAAGUGGUAGCAAUAAAGAAAUUUUUAGAAACGGAGGAGGACGUUCAAGUUCGAAAAUUGGCUCUUCGAGAGAUUCGGAUAUUGAAGAAACUGCGUCACGAGAAUCUUAUUAACAUGAUCGAGGUGUUUCGCCGUAGAAAAAGAUUUUAUUUGGUUUUUGAAUUCUUGGAUCACACUGUUCUCGAUGAAUUAGAAAAAACUGGCGAUGGUCUCGGAGCAGAGGUCUCAAAACGUUACAUUUUUCAAGUACUUCGUGGUCUGAAUUUCUGUCACAAUAAUCACAUUAUGCACAGGGAUGUCAAACCAGAGAACGUUUUAGUUUCGUCGAAUGGUGUGAUUAAACUUUGCGAUUUCGGUUUUGCACGAUUGGUCGGCAGCUCGAAAGAAUCCUGUACCGAUUACGUAGCGACGAGAUGGUAUCGUGCACCAGAACUGCUCGUUGGUGAUACGAGAUAUGGCAGAGAAAUAGACGUUUGGGCGGUCGGUUGUCUUUAUGCUGAAAUGAUGACAGGAGAACCAAUUUUUCCAGGCGACAGUGACAUCGAUCAACUUUAUAGAAUCACUAAAGUCUUAGGUAGUCUUGGUGGUAAACACCAGUCGUCAAUUGGACCAAGCAAUUAUUCUAAACAGUCAUUACGACUUACUGCUGUCGAUGAAUUCAUGAUUUUUCAAGGAUCAUUAACCUUACGAAAUCUCUUUCCUUCAUGGAGUUCAGUGAGCUUGGAUUUUCUUUCGCAGUGUCUUCGUAUGGAUCCAGAUACUAGGCCUAAGUGUUCCGUUUUACUGCAUCACCUUCUUUUCCUUCAGGACAAUUUUAGUGUGAAAUUUCUUGAAGAAUUACAGAAAUGUAUCGCCAAAGAGUCAAGUUUAAAUCCGUUUUCGAAGAAAAAGAUUCAGGAUCGAAAAGCAAGCAUUCUUUCGGUUAAACCAUCUCCAAGAGUUUGUCGCAGCAGCACUGGCAGGUGGCAAAUGACUAUUUUACACGAUACGAAAGAAUUACGCAAUAAAAUAGAAUUUGAUAGAACUAUUAAAUGUGAAAAAGUACAACGAACUGAGAGACCAUUGGCUUCGCAAAUCAAUCGUCCGCGAGAAGUUUGCUACUUUGGUCCUGUCUCCGUGAUACCAAAUACGACUUAUAUACGUAGGCUGGAGCUUAAAGGUCUUCAAAUAGCAAAUUCGAAGGGUUGCACUUUUCCAGCCUUAACGCCGAAAGAUUCAAUGGAAGCGAAAACAAGUGGCAAAAGAAAGAGGCUGGAUUUGCCUUCUGUAGAUCACUAAAAACGUACGUUUAUUCCUUAAACUGUUUUCUUUGCUUCAUCAUGACAUUUCCGUUGAUAGAAUGAUGAUUAUGAAAUAAAUACGUAGUACGACUGGUGGAAGUAGUUUUAAUGCAAAUUUUAUAUAAUAUAUUAUCUAUAUAUUAGUAAUAACAUAUAAAAGGACUUAUUUUAUAUUUGAUUUAUUUUAACACAUUGCCGCAAAUGACGAUCUUUGUAUAUCUGAGCACGAUCGUCAAAUUAAAAGUGUACGGCAACGUGUUAAUUAAUCGUCUAAUUAGCUUAAUUAUUUAUGAAUGCUCACGCGUGUCAACUUUUGUCUUUCAUAGAAAUAAUUUCAUGAUAAAAUUAUUUUCGCGAAUAUGUAGAUAAUACUUCUGUUUAUUUAAUCAGAAUGUUUAUACAUUUUUGGUCAGUAUUUUAUAAAAUAAAU